AUGCCGAAAUCAACAACGAGGAGGUCCGUCCUCCGGCGCCUGGCACUACUGCUACUACUGCAGGCCGCCUCCCCCGCGACCGUGACGGCACAGACCCUCCCCUACACACCCACGCAGGUCCUCGCGCCCGCGUGCUUCAACGAGUCGGCCUGCGACGGCGCGGGGCUGGCCUACGUCCUCGACGGCGACAAGUUCCUCGCCAUCAACUACACGGAGCAGGUGCCCGACGGCGAG